CUCACUUUGAAACUCCUCAUGAAGCUCGACAAGAUCGUCGCGGUCGAGAUCGUGGUUCGCAUCAUCUGCGUCCUCUACUGCGUCUUCCUCUACGGCAUGACCAAAGUGCUCUCGGGCAAGACCAUCAACAUGGUUGUGAUGAGCCUCGUGUACAUCAUGAUUGCCACGUGUCCGUGUUUAUGGGGCUUGAUUCGGUGCUUGCGCGAGUGGGCCCGGCGCAAGCCGAUCGUCGUCGUCCAAGCCAAGCCCAAGAAGAAGCCCGACAUUGCGACUAAGAAAGAGAUUAAAGUCGCUCAAACGCAAGCCGAGAUCCUCGCAGCACAACGAGAGAAGGCCAAGCAGCUCGGCGGUAUCGUCGAGAAGACGUCCAAGAAGAAGAAGGGCAAGACGCCGACGCGAAAAGGUCCCCCCAAAGCCAAGAAGGACAAGACCGAAAAUGUCUAAGGUCCACCGCCCGAGCUGCGGUUGGAGCCACUCGAGUAUCGAGAUGUAUUGACAGUAUCCCAACAUAUGUUUUGUUA